AGUUGUUUGCGACCCAUUGUACCCAUAUCAGGAUUUGAUGGGUUGCGCUCUUGCAGUCCAUGGGUAGGCCUAUCGGUUAUGGGGCCAGCUUGUUGAAUGGAGCGGUUUACGGCGUUCGCGGGAAGUUACCGACGCAGCGGCAACAGCGCAGGAAGUUCAAUUCCGACAUUCCUAACUUUCAACGUUCAACGUUUCAAGUCCAAAGGAGUUCCAACGCAUGACCUGACAGCAGCUGCUCAGGCGUUCGCGACUAUCAGUUCAGUACUAGCAGUUUCGUUUAUUUAUUCAGUUUCUACAUUUUAAGCAAGUUGAUUGUGCGAAUCGCGUGUGGCCGAGUCUCAUUUUGAGGUUAACUUAUACGCCAACCGAGAAAAAAAACUUUUGUGGUUUUGUUGUGAUACAUUCGUGUCCGAAAUAAAGUGUUGGUAACAUCGCUUUUCGUGAAAGCCACCAUGAUGAUAUUUCUUUGACCAUCAGCAACCAGAACCUCAGCGACAGUUGAUUUGACUGUUCAAAAUGGCUACGAUAGACGGCCGUCCCGCGCAGUAUGGCAUUACUUUGAAACAACUCCGCGACCUCAUGGAACACAGAGGUCGCGAAGGAGUAAACAAAGUUAUUGAAUUCGGUGGAGCACAAGAAAUUUGUAAAAAAUUAUACACAUCGCCUAGUGAAGGUCUUAGCGGAUCACAAGUAGAUUUAGAACAUAGAAGAGAAACUUUCGGGUCAAAUUCGAUACCUCCAAAACCCCCGAAGACAUUUCUUCAAUUAGUAUGGGAAGCUUUACAAGAUAUUACACUUAUAAUUCUAGAAGUAGCAGCCAUAGUGUCUUUAGGUCUUUCCUUCUAUACACCACCACAAGGAGAUCAUAGUGAAGAUGAAACGUCACAUGGUUGGAUCGAAGGAUUAGCUAUUUUAAUAUCUGUUAUUGUUGUAGUGAUAGUGACUGCUUUUAAUGAUUACACGAAAGAACGGCAAUUUAGGGGCUUGCAAAGUCGAAUCGAGGGUGAACACAAGUUCGCCGUCAUUCGACAAGGUGAAGUUAAACAAAUUUCAGUUAGUGAAAUUGUGGUCGGUGAUAUUUGCCAAAUUAAGUAUGGAGACCUUUUACCAGCGGACGGUAUUCUCAUACAGUCUAAUGACCUGAAGGUUGAUGAAUCGUCGUUGACCGGUGAAUCGGACCAUGUGAAGAAAGGUGAACACUUCGAUCCUAUGGUACUGUCUGGUACCCACGUGAUGGAGGGUUCUGGAAAAAUGCUUGUCUCGGCUGUAGGUGUGAACUCGCAGGCCGGUAUCAUCUUCACGUUGUUGGGAGCAGCUGUAGACGAACAUGAAGCCGAAGUGAAGAAAAUGAAGAAAGAAGCUAAAAAGCAGCGGAAGAAGAAAAGUCUCACAGGUGAAGAAGAAAACGUAACAGGAAACAGUCACAUGAACUCACCGGCGCCUGUGGUCAAUAAAGUGGACGGCUCAGCACCUCAAGAAGACGGCAAAGAGAACCACGUGGCACCCAGCAAUACAUCAUCGGAAAGCCACAAGAAAGAGAAAUCCGUUCUGCAGGCCAAACUGACCAAAUUGGCCAUUCAAAUUGGGUACGCUGGAUCAACGAUUGCAAUGCUAACUGUUGUUAUCCUUGUUGUUCACUUCUGUGUAACGACGUUCGUGAUAGAAAAGAAACCGUGGGAAAGUUCCUAUGCCGGCAACUUGGUGAGACAUCUCAUCAUUGGUGUCACCGUACUUGUGGUUGCUGUCCCAGAGGGUUUGCCCCUUGCUGUAACGCUAUCGCUCGCUUACAGUGUGAAGAAAAUGAUGAAAGAUAACAACUUGGUCAGGCAUUUGGAUGCUUGUGAAACCAUGGGAAAUGCCACAGCUAUUUGUUCAGACAAGACAGGAACACUUACUACGAACAGAAUGACAGUUGUACAGUCAUAUAUUUGUGAGCAACUCUGCAAAACAAUGCCAAAAUUCUCCGAUAUUCCAGCGCAUGUUGGUAGUGUGCUCGUUCAAGGCAUCGCUGUAAACUGUGCCUACACAUCAAGGGUGAUGCCCCCAGAUGAGGCUAACGAGCUACCAAAACAGGUCGGUAACAAGACAGAAUGUGCUCUGCUUGGUUUCGUUUUGGGCCUUGGUAAAAAUUAUCAAACCGUAAGGGAUGAUAUUCCAGAAGAAUCAUUCACCAGAGUUUUAACCUUCAAUUCAGUACGAAAAUCCAUGAGCACUGUGAUACCAAAGAAGGGUGGUGGAUACAGACUGUUCACCAAGGGUGCGUCUGAAAUUAUUUUAAACAAGUGUGCCUUCAUUUACGGCCAUGAUGGUCGAUUGGAAAAGUUCACAAGGGAUAUGCAAGAACGUUUGUUGAGACAAGUUAUUGAACCUAUGGCUUGUGAUGGUUUGAGAACUAUUUGUGUAGCUUUUCGCGAAUUUGUGCCUGGUAAAGCUGAAAUAAAUCAAGUGCACAUAGAAAGUGAACCGAAUUGGGAUGACGAAGAAAAUACCGUAAACAAUUUAACAUGCAUCUGCGUGGUCGGUAUUGAAGAUCCCGUACGACCGGAAGUACCAGAGGCUAUCCGCAAAUGCCAGAAGGCGGGUAUCACGGUGCGUAUGGUGACUGGUGAUAAUAUUAACACAGCCAGGUCCAUUGCUACGAAAUGCGGAAUCGUUAGACCAAACGAAGAUUUCCUUAUUCUUGAAGGAAAGGAGUUCAACAAGAGGAUCAGGGAUAGUUCUGGAGAGGUUCAGCAACAUCUUCUGGACAAGGUGUGGCCUAAGCUGAGGGUUCUAGCUAGAUCUUCACCAACCGACAAGUACACAUUGGUUAAAGGCAUCAUAGACAGUAAAAUAAGUGACAAUCGUGAAGUAGUUGCUGUAACUGGUGACGGUACAAAUGACGGUCCAGCUUUGAAGAAAGCAGAUGUCGGUUUUGCUAUGGGUAUUGCUGGUACUGAUGUGGCCAAAGAGGCUUCAGAUAUUAUUUUGACUGACGAUAACUUUAGUAGUAUUGUUAAAGCUGUUAUGUGGGGAAGAAAUGUUUAUGAUAGUAUAGCUAAGUUCUUGCAAUUCCAACUUACCGUUAAUGUUGUUGCUGUUGUUGUAGCAUUUAUAGGUGCCUGUGCAGUGCAAGACAGUCCUUUGAAGGCUGUUCAGAUGUUGUGGGUCAACUUGAUCAUGGACACCCUUGCUUCAUUGGCGUUGGCCACAGAGUUGCCAACAUCAGAUCUACUUUUAAGGAAACCAUACGGUAGAACCAAACCUCUCAUUUCAAGGACUAUGAUGAAAAAUAUCUUAGGACAAGCAAUUUACCAACUUACUAUCAUAUUUGCCUUACUUUUCGUUGGUGACAGGAUGCUGGACAUUGAGAGUGGAAGAGGACUUAUAGAUUCAGGACGAACACAACAUUUUACUGUCAUUUUUAACUCCUUUGUCAUGAUGACAUUAUUCAAUGAAUUUAACGCUAGGAAAAUCCAUGGACAACGUAAUGUAUUUGAAGGAAUCUUCACAAAUCCCAUAUUUUACACAAUUUGGAUUGGCACAUGUGCAGCUCAGGUGUUUAUUAUUCAAUGGGGAGGAUUGGCGUUCUCCACAAAAAGCCUAACACUAGAACAAUGGCUCUGGUGUUUAUUCUUUGGUGUUGGCACUCUUUUAUGGGGUCAACUGGUAACAACAGUCCCUACCAGGAAACUACCGAAAAUUCUUUCAUGGGGAAGGGGUCAUCCUGAGGAAUAUACAGAAGCAAUAAACAUUGGCGAAGAGAAAUUUGACGUUGACUCUGACAAAAAACCAAGAGCUGGUCAGAUUUUGUGGAUAAGAGGGUUGACUAGGUUGCAGACGCAGGUGAUAGGUGGUGAAUUGCAAGAACGUUUGAUUCCAGUACCAUACAGCAAGAGCUCCACUGACCAAGCUGUGGGGCAAAAUCACGUAAGCAAAAUACGAGUAGUUAACGCUUUCCGUCAGGGCCUAGAUGCUCGAUACGGCGAACACAGCAAUACUUCCCUAGCAGAGGUACUGCGCAAACAAACAUCUCUCUCUAAGAGGCUGUCCCAAACUUCUUCCAUAGAAUACGCUGAUAACAUCCCAGACGAAUUGACGAUUCCUGAGAUUGACGUGGAACGAUUGUCUUCCCACAGUCACACCGAGACGGCGGUCUAGCUUUCGUAUUUCGUCUUACCGUCCCAUCCCAAAUCAGCUUUAUCGAAAUCGAUUUUAAAUACAGCCAGAUUCGCCAUAUACGCGGGCAGGACGUAAUUCCAAUUGUAAACCCCCCCUCCCUACACAACAAAGCUCGUGCUUUCAAUGAAUCAGGCUUCGUUAUGAUGACAAUUUCUAGUGGAAUUUUACUGUAGAGUGUUCCAACCACGGCUGCUACAUUUUCUGGCAAUGUGGACAUUUACUCAAGUGAACAGUUCUGCCAAUAUAUAUGCUCGGCUUGGAGACGUGGUGCGCCGAUGCUGAGUACUCUAACACAGUCCGCCGCGCUGACUUGGGGGCGAGCGCCCUCUGUGCACUGUCUGUGCGGCCUGAUAGUGUUCAGGGUUUGCUCUGCGCAUCAUGGUCUCUUUAAUGAUUUCGACUUUAGUAUCAUCAGAUGUCGUUUUGCCAAAUUGCUGGGAGAAGGCAGAUAGGCUACCCGAACUUCUGCCUAGAGGCUCUUCGAUUGAAAACAGCAACUGCUUUAUUACCUCAUCGGUCACAUCCACCUCAUUAUUUUAAUAGACAAGAUUGAGCCUGGUCGAUAAAGUAGUUGAACCAAAUCUUGGGCUUCUAGGUCUCAUAUUGUAAAUAACUCGGCCAUAUAAAUUUCUAUUUUGUACGUUUAAGUUCUUGAUCGAGUAACUGCCUCCUCUUAUACAAUUUCGUUGUAUUUAGAUCUACGGCUUUGAAUUAAGGAAAAUUAAAAAAAAUUGUACAUACACGACUAUGUGUAUUGGAAUGUAUUUUGAUUAAAGGCACAGUUCUUUAGUUUUAGGAUAAUAAGCUAUUUAUAAUGGUUAUCCAGACUUACAUAGCAAAGCCAUGGAAUAUUCUUGGUGUUUUUCAGCUCAUAUUGUUCGUAACUCUACCAGUAAAUUUUUUUUUCAAUUUUAGAUGAUGUAUCGUUUUGAAUCAUGUUGAAAUUUUUAAGAUUGCGUAAAUAAGGCAUUCAACGCGUAUUUUAGAGCGUAAUAUUUAGAUAGUUGACCUCAUUAAUCGAGGUGCUAAACUUAAUUUCGUUUUCUCACCCUUCCUAACCAUUAUAGUUGUUGUAGUCAGUCUUAAAUUCGGCUGAGAUUUCAGGCGGCCUAUUCUAGUCAUUAUUAGGUGUAAGCUUGUUUCAAUCUCGAGAGUUGUUGAAACAAAUGACGUUGACCAUGUUCCACCCUUCAGUUGUUAUAGAUCAUUACCUUGUACUCUAAAAUUAGGUGAAAAAUAUUCGGAAGUUAUUCUUCAAUCUAUUUCUUUCUUAAUGCAAUCGUAUAGUGGAACAGUUUAUCCCAGAACCUUCUUUGGAAUGUCUAUUCUGUCUGGAACAUUGACCAUCCAAAAUCCAAGUUUGAUUACUUAGUAUAGAUUAUCUUUAUUUAGUUGUAUUUAAAGCGGGUCAAUUAUAUUGACUCGGUAGAGCCUACAGCUUAAUGUUGCUGUUUGUAAUUAUAAAGAUAUAAAAUUGUUAUCAUAUGUUACCGUUGUUGCCCUUUGUAAAGAAGACGGCCCUACGACCUAUCCACUGAUGGACGCAGACUUUAGUGGAUUGGCCUGAGACCAAAACCGUUUAUUUCAUUCAUUCAGUUACUAGCUGUGCUUUCGUUGAUAAUUUAUACAUUGAAACAAAAUCUAGCUUCUACCAAGAGAGGUGAAUAAUAUUGUUACAAUUUUUUUAGUUAAAUUUACAAAUCAUUUGUGAACCAUUUUAUUUAUUGUACACUUUUCUGUUGCAUCUAUUCAACUGAAUAUUUUGAAAUAUAAUUAUUUUUUGAGCGAAUAUGACUGUUUGUUCUUCAACUCUGUAAUAUAAUUUAAACAUUUCACAAAAUGCUCUUAAUAUUUUCAUAUUAAAUAUAGAUUUUAAAAUAUAAUGACGCAUAUAAAAUUC